AUGGAAUCCCCUCCAUUUACGGGUGAAACCUCAAGGGCCCAGCCAUCAGACGACUACACCCACCCCAACCGAAGCAAAGGCCGCUUCCGCUUCAAAAGCAGCUCAUCCCGAAGCACUAAACACCACGACCACCACAGAGACCACCACCACCAGCCCCCAUCCUCCUCCUCAGAAACCCACCGCAAGCGCCGGAGUCACUCUCCCCGCACUAGCAGAUCCAAAGAUGAAUCCCACUUCCACUCUCACACCCGCCCCUCCAAGCGCCGACACAAACACCACCCGCAAGAACCACCCGCCGACCCUACCCAACCAUCCCCCCUCUCCCCCAGCGCCGCCUUCCGCGAAUCCCUCUUCGACGCCCUAGGCGACGACGAAGGCGCCGCAUACUGGGAAACCGUCUACGGCCAACCAAUCCACAACUACGCCGUACCGGAAGUACCCAAGGGUCCGGACGGGGAACUCGAACAAAUGUCCGACGAGGAGUACGCGGCGUACGUGCGGUCUCGGAUGUGGGAGCGUACGCGGGAGGGGAUGAUUGAGGAGCAGGAGCGGCUUCGUGAGGAUCGGAGAAGGGCUAGAAAGAGGGAGAAUGAAUCUAGUGAGAAGGAGAGGGAGAGGUGGAGGUUUGAGAGGGAGGUGGAGGAGAGUUUGAGGAGGGGGGUUGAGAGGAAGAGGAGGAAGAAGAAUUGGGAGGGGGUUUGGAAGGAGUAUGUUUCGAGGUGGGAGGAGAUUGGGAGGGUUGUUGAGAAGAAGGGUGCUGCUGGAGGUACGGAGUCGAAAGAGGAUGGUGAGAAGGAGAAGGAGGGUGAGAGUCCGCCUCGGCUUCGGAAUUUGCUCUUCUGGCCUGUUGAGAGUGGGAAGAGGCGGGAUGUGAAUCCAGACUCGGUACAGGAGUUUCUGCGACAUGCGCCGAAUGGAGAUUUAUUGGGGACGUUGAAGAUCGAGCGUGUGCGUUGGCAUCCGGAUAAGAUCCAGCAUCGGUAUAGUGCGUUGGGGAUUGAGGAUGAGGUGAUGCGCAGCGUUACCGAGGUGUUUCAGAUCGUGGAUCGGAUGUGGACUGAGGAGAGAGAUCGAGCUUGA